GCACCAGCUCCUUGCUUCUUCCUGGCAACUGGCAACUCUGGAAGAAGAACAUGAUGAGACCUGGCUGCCUUAGCAACAGUGGCUGUUAUCCCCCAAAACCAACCUUGGGUGUGAUUCAGGCCUGGAAGAAAUGCUGGUUCAUCCUGCGGAGCAGCCAGUGGUGUGGUGACCCAGGUGUCCUGGAAUACUACAAGCAUGACCAGUCCAAGAAGCUCUUAGGGAUCAUCAUCCUGUGCCUCUGUGAGCAGGUGGACACAAAUGUGACACUUUACAAGAAGUGUCUAACACUUGGCUUUGUGUUCCUCAUCAAGACCAGUAUGCACACAUUUUACCUGGUGGCAGAGACAAAGGAGGACAUGCAUAACUGGGUGCAGAUCCUCUGCCAGGUCUGCGACUUCCAGCAGGAGGUCGUGAGCACAGGUACAUAGAUGCCAGCAUUCUCGGGGGCUGAGGUGACCCUUGGGUGUCCUUUGUAGGUAAAGUCAGUGCCAGUCAUGACCAGAUGUCAGGAGGACCCC